AUGGGAAAGGCAAAUCCAUUUGAUAGUUCUUACUUGCAAGUCAUAACUUUUGAAAACAAACUUGAAAAGUCUUAUUAAUUAUUGCAUGAAACUAUCAAUUUAAAGUUAUAAAUAUUAUGCAUGAUGAAACAAAAGCAUAUAAUUGCUAAAUAGUUAAUUACAAAAAUUGAGAGUAUACAAAAUGAAGAUGAAAUGUUAAGUAGUAUGAUUAACAGCGAUAAAUUUGAUGAAAAAACUUGUAUAAUUUUUGCAAGUUACAAAGAUACUGAAACCUUAACAAUAAAUCAAGUUUCUUCUAAUUUUUCUAAUUUAUUUUGCUAUACAAGUAGAGACCAUAUCUAUGAUCGAAAUAUUGAAUCUUUCAUACCUCUCGCGUUUCAAAGUGUACAUAAAAUGUAUAUAAAACAAUAUUUAGAAGAUUCAAUAACUUGUGAUAUUUAUUCAAAUAAUACAGAUCAGCAAUUAGAAUAAAAUGAAUAAGAUAAUGAAAAUGUCGAAAACGAAGUAACUCCAAUUAAUAAGGGAUAAGGUUACUAAUUUAAUAAAUCAAAAAACUUAUCAGAGAAGUAAACUGUAACAAAAGCUUAAAACUAUGAAUUAUAAAAUUGUAAAAUGAAUUAGUAGAUAAUAUUUGCAUCUCUAAACUAAAUGUUCAUCUUACCAAUUAAAAUAGAUAUUAGAACAAAUGAAUACAAAGAAAAUGGAACAUUUGGAUUGGUAGCUAAAAUAAAACAAAUAAAUGAAGAAUACUAAUAUAUUCUAUUUAAUGAGACAGAUUUAAGUGUUAUUGGUCUAACUCAAUAAACGUAAGAAAUAUUCUUUCCUAAUUGUAACAAUCUCUAAAAAGUUAAUUUGAGAUAAGCUUUCCCCUUUUUGGUUGGUACUUAAAAUAAAACAAAAAUUGAAGAUUGCUAAAUCUAAAAUAAUGAAACACCUUACAAUAAUACUAAUACAAAAAAAUAGUUUCAUGUGAAUAUUACUGAUGAUGCUCAGUAUAUUCUUAGAGAUUAAUCAAAAAAUCAUUUAAAAAUGAAAAAUAAAUUUUCAUUUAUAGUUAUAUAACACUCAGAUGAAAUAAACGAUACAUUAAACACUUCAUAUAAAAGUACAAAAAGAUUAAAUAAAGCUAAAUCAUAUAAAGAAAUUUCAUCCUAUAGUUUUAAUUAUGUAGAAUUAUUUGUUAGAAAAUUAAAGUACAAAGGAGUAAACAAAAUAAGCUAUAUUGAAAUAGUAAAAAUAAAAUAGCUUAAUCCUGCCAUUUAAGCUCAAAUAAUCCUUAAAGAAAUCACAAACAUAAAAAAAUAAUUCUUAUAUACUUAACUAUUUGAGAAUCCAAGUUAACUUUAAAAUAUAAUCUAAGAUUUAGAAUAAAAUCAAAAUAUUAAUAGCUACUUAUAAUUUAAUAGUUUUUACUCUUAGUUUCAAUAUAGCUGUAGAAAUUUUAAUUAAGGUAAUUAAUUACUACAAAUAAAAGAAAAUGAUACUCCUAUUGAUUUUACAUAAGCUGAUUUUUAAAAAGUAUAAUAAUUACUUGGUGAUGAAAGUACAAAUGUUGAUUAAACUAAAAUGAUGCCUAAUAGAAUUGAAUAUGAAGAUUAGAAUUGCUAAUCAGAUGAAAGUAAUAGGCUGACCUUAAACUAACUCAGAGAAUAAAAUUCAUUAUAAAAGUUGAAUGAAAAACUGCAACUUAAUUAUCUGUUUUAGCUUCAAAGAAAUAUUGUAUAAGAGCAAGCACUUAAUUAGUCAAUUUAGGAAAACUAAAUAAGCUACAACGAUUUAUAAAUUGUAAAUUAUGGUAAUUUUAAUUUGAGUCUUUAAAAUUUUUAAGAUGAUUAGAUAAACAAAAACAGCGAUUGUGCCUAAAGAUCAAAUAGAGCAAUAAAUAUAGAAUUAAUUUCUCCAAAUAAUAGCUUCUGCAUGAAUAUUAAUUCUAAUCAAAUAUCUUUAGCUCAGUUAUCUGAUUAGAAUUUCAACAUAUAACAAAUAAAUUCACAUCAAUUUAUUGGAAAUUAAACUAAAGAAAAUAUUAGUUUAGAUGUAGAAACUAAUAAUUGUGAAAUAAAUAAAAAAUGUAAUAAUACUAUCCUUCCUUUAAAAAUGAACAUAAACCCUAGCAAAAUCGCUAAAUCUAGUAGUUUUAGAAAAAGUAAAAUCAACAAUACAUUAACUAAUGCACUAAAUGAUAGAGAAAGAAAAUAAUUAAUUAAAAACUCAUAUUAACAUAAUCAUGCUAAUUAGCUUUAUAAAGAUAAAAAUAUUAAAAAGUAGUAAGUUCAAGAUAUUAUUUAUGAUAUUGCUUCAAGCAACUCUCAAAAUUCAUAUUAUACUCCAGUCAAGAGACAAUUAUAAGAUGUUAUGGCAGACCAAUCAACCUUAUAAGUAAUAAAAUUAAUAAAAAUUAUUGGAGUUAUUUGCUUCACUGUCAUGGUAUCGAUCACUUGGUUAUAAUUUAGCUCAAUGUAUCAGUAUCUGUCAGAAGCUAAUUAAGACUACCAAGAUUUUGGUUGGCCCACUGAUUAUUCUUCUUCUCUAAGUGAUAUCCUUAAAUAUAAAAAUAUUUAAUAUCUUACAAAUUAUAGAAACUUAAAUUUCACAGACAACAGCUAGUAGCAACUUUUUAAAAAUAAAAUACAAUAAGAUAUGGAGGAUACUUUCUCAGACGUAUAAAGUUUAUUAAAUUAAGUAGAUUUAGCCAACACAAAAAGAGAUAUAUUUAACAGAGUAAUAGACUAUAAAAUUACUUUUUACUUUGGGUAAUUGUAUGAUACAACAAUGCUUAGCUCAACUGCGUCUGACAAUUCUGAUUUAAUCACUUUAAAUUAUAGUUCUACCUUACAUUAUAGUUUUCUUUUAAAUGUUCAAGUUAUCUACCGUUAUAUUAAGAACUUAGGUAAUGGAAGGCCUGAGUAUUACUUAAUAUAAAAUUAAUUAGAAUCAGUUUCUUAAUUAAAAAAAUUACAAGACGAUAUAAAAGAAAACCAAUCAGGAUAAUAGCAAUACAUUCAAGAUUAGCUCUAAAUUAUAAUCAUAAUUUUAGUUUUAAUUAACACAUGUUGUGUUAUGAUCAUAAUACCAUUAUAUUUUUAUAUUUAAAAAGAAAGAGACUCUAUAAUUUACCUAUUUACUACAUUUCCGAUUUAAAAGUUAGAUAUUUUGAUCUAAAAAAUAUAAAAUUCCUACUUUAGCACAAACACUAGCUCAAUUUAUUAGAAUUAAAAUAACAAAAUAGUUUUAGAUACAAUUGCAUAAUUAUAAAGUAUCGAGAAUGAAAAAAAUAUCAGAAAGCAUACGAAAGUCUAAUAGCUAAGAUCAUAUCUAUUGUAGAAUAUUGCAUUGCAUUUUAAUGUUUUAGCUAUGAAGGUAGAUCCAAGUCUCAAACCUAUGUAGCCUGAAAUUUAUUAUGAUUAUUUAUAAAAACUCAUUUAAGAAUAAGGAGAUAUAAGUAAGGAUAUCUAAUGGAUAAUAAAUUCAUAGUAUUCCGAUUAAAGAUUUAACUAAGACUUAUACGAUAACUUCUUUUUUUCUGCUUUUAAAACCAAUUUGUGCGAAGAUUUUAAGAAUUAUCCUUAGUUCAAUACUAAUCCUAAAAAGAUAAAUAUUGAUCUAUGUGCUUCACCGCAAUAAAAAUUCUUAUAGUAAGGCUUCUAAGUAGCUUACAAAAGUCUUUUUAACUUGUUUACUGAUCUUUACAACGCAUAUUAAAUAAAAGAUCAAUAUAAUUAUAAUUGA